UUAUUAGCCUAUAGUAUAUAUCAUUUUUACCAUUCAAAUUUCCCAAGUAGCAGCUUUCACCGGGGAAGGUGUCUCACGCCGGGGAAAACAACUUUCACGCAGAUGAAACAUUCUUCGCCCCACGCCUGAAAAUAAAGUAUAAUUCGCAACCAAUAGCUUCGUUUAAAAGGCUGCAAAAAUCUUGUCUUGAGGCAGCAGCUGGAGGGAGAGUGGUUCUGAUUCGUUUCAUUUUAAAACAAAUUCUGCUCUGGUAGGAUUUCGUAAUAACUUUCCUGCAACUCUGCCCAUUAUUUCACAUCAGCAUCGUUGACAGCACAACUCAAUUUGUGAAGAAUCUUUAGAUUUUGGGUCCAUAUUGUUGCAUCUCUGAAUGAGACAAUGUUUGGUUUCUCCUAUGGAGAGGUGCUGCUACUUUUAGGAGCAACCGUUGCUGUUAUUGGGCCAAAAGAUUUUCCGAGGAUUGCUAGAGCGGCUGGCAGGUUAGCUGGUAAAGCAGUAGGCUAUGUCCAAAGUGCUCGAGGACAGAUGGAAACUGUCUUGCAUCAAUCUCAAGCUACUCAGAUCCACAAGGAGCUUCAAGAUGCAUUGGCACAGGUGGAGGCCAUCCGUUAUGAGAUUAGGAGUGUAUCUUUAAUGAAUCCUGGCCCUAUGACACGGAGAUUUGUUGAGGGUUCAGGGCCAGUGCUUACUUCUGAUAAUCCUCUUAACAAUGGUUCGAAUACAUUACAAGAUACUGAGAGAAUGGCACAUACGGAGAGCAACUCCAGGGUCUUUGAAAUGGGUGCCUCAAGUUCUGCCCAACUACAAUCUCAAGCAGCAGCUUAUGCACUCCUUGCAGGAUCCCAAGGCACGGAAAUUAAAACUGUAGGAGCCUCUGAUGAUUUUUCUGCCCGGCAACGUGAGAGUGGGCAUUUGCAAAAAAUUGACAAGACUGUAGUUUUACCUGUCUCUGCUGAAUUAACAGGGGUUUUAACAAAACACAAAGAUUUCGCAGGUUCGGAUAUUGUCUUAGAGGCCAUUUUGGAGGCUGAUGUGGCACGUCAUGCAAAAGAGUUUUUCAAGCAACCAGAAGCCCAAAGUUUGUCUGGUUCUGUUGAGAGCGUUCAAAAGUGAUGUUUUAUGGUGACAGCAGUGAAAGUGGAAGGCACAUCUAGUAUCUAGUUAAACAUCCAUUAGAUGCUUUGGUAAUAACUACUUAUUUCAAUGAUUCUGAGAACUAUUUUACGAGCUUCCAAGCUCCAAGCUGGUUUUGAAUAUGAAUUAACUUGUAAUCAAGCAUUUCCUUCAGUACAGAGCUUAGGUUAAGAGGUUUUAUUUUUGGUUGAAAAAAUACAUCUUUGUAUAUAUACAAAUGGGAGAAACGAAGUUGCAUCAGCUGAUAGUUAGCACUUCAAGACUGUGGUGCCCAUCCCCCGGGUGUACCAAGGUUUUGAGAAUGGUUAAGGAAAACCAUAGUUUUUCAUCUUUAUUUGUUUGCAAUACAGUUUCUUUUUCUCCUUA